AUUGAGGCCGCGCUAGCGUCAUUUGAAUUGCUGAAGCUUGGAGAAAAACCUAAUUAUAGUGCGACAGCAAAAAAAUUUAGUUGUUGUCGCUCUACACUAUUAAAGCGCCACUGCGGGGUGCAGGGCACCUAUGCAGAGAAGCACAAAAAUUAA